CGCCCAACACUUUGUCUGUCUUCGGAGAAUUUUCCAUCUCACAAAAAGACAUCUCGCGUUCGGCUGACUGUUUUUCCAUUCCCCUUAAAAAGGAGGCACCCUAAUUUUCAUUCCCAUUCCCAUGAGGGCGCCAACGAGGUCGCCACUUUACGCCCGGGCCGGCCGAUAAUAUCUGCAAGGAUGUUUGGCUCCCGAAGGCACCGCCCGCCGAAUCCGCCCCUGACAGCAGCGACCGCGAAUCCCAAUGCAGCAACCGCUGCCGCAGCAGUCUUCAAACGCCAUGAGCCCAAUACCUCUUUGCCGGCUGCCGCCGCCGCCGCCGCCCUCCGCGCACGACCAACAACACCGACCCGAGUAGCCGACGUGCAGACAAAACGGACGGUGCGCCGGAGCGCGUCCGUCGCCUCGACAGGUACGGCAUCGGAGCAGGCCCGCGAUCAGUCGGGACUGCAAAGGCGUGGCAGUAAUGGGUCGAUGACCGAGCGGACCUUUCGAACCCCGAGCCCAAAUCGACCUGCGAGUAGCGCGUCCGGCCAACAGAAGAACCAAUUUGCCAACGACGAUAUGCCGCCCGUCCCUGCGUUGCCCCAGAAUCUAGAUGGCAACUCGCGACAGCCCGGCCGAGGGCCCCAGCAAGACAUUCGGCAUCGGAAAGCCAACAGCCUGAGUCUGGGAAGCAGUCCCCUGCGCCUCGCGUCCCAGAAACUCGCUUCAGGUGAGACGCCAACUUGGUUUGGCGCCGCGAAAUUGGGGGACCUAGGAAGCGUUCGUCGGACAGACCCGGCAAUGGCUAGCCCCCCGUCAAGUCCACUGCAGCUAUCAGCACGGGAGGAGGACCUACCGGACGGAGCAAGGCCAGGCAGCCAGGCUUCGUCCAUUAACUUCUCCUACCCGACGCGGGCGAGGUGCAGCUCCGCCGCAAGUUCCUUUCCACCCGUGGAUCCCUCCUCCGCAUCCCAAAUAUCAACCAAAGCAAGCCCGACGCAGCUACCGACCACGGACCACAAUGCCACAACACGUGCGAAGCAGUACCCGAGGGGACAAGCGGCAGUACCACUCGCGAGAAGACAAUCCACUUCCAACCCAUCCGACCAAUCCCUGGUGUACGACCCGAAUUCGAGAAGGAUGGUACGACAAGCGGAUUUACAAUCGAUCCAGAAUGUUCAACAAGCAGUCCUCGACGCUUCGCAACCACCACCACCAGGGCCCAAGAGGAAGAAGAAAACUCCGCAAAGAGCCGGGUCGCAUCUGGCUGCGGGUACAAUGGGGCGGACCGGAAUUGAAGCUUCAAAUACUGGACCGUUAGCCAAGGCUCAACCAUCGAGCCCGCCAGCCCAGAAUCGACCACAUCAGCCUGUUCAGCCAGCCCCCCCAAUGGCGCCAGCCCAAUCUCAUGAGGUUCGAGUGGAUGCUGAAGAGCCUAGGGUUAAGGCGAUCAUGGCCUCGCCGGGAAAAGAAGUAAGAGAAGUCGGGCAACAGCGCCCUCAAACAACCGUGAAUCUCCCCCGGACCAAUCACUUGACGGUCCGCACCCCGGCUUCUACCGCAACAGACGCGGCGCAGUUCGUCGUGAGAAGACAGCCUUCUAUGAUUCGGGAAGGACCAGAGCCGGAGGAUGUUCAGGAUGAGAAGAAGACACAAGCGGCCGUCUCGGGUACUCCGAACGCGGUGGUGGCGCCACGGAAAUUGCAAACCAGUGUACCCUCAGAGACCCGCACACCCGCAACGCCACCACAAAACACGACCCUCCAGCCAAACCCUUCCUCGGGGAACCAUACGGCGGCUCCCGUCGAUCAGAAACCUGAAAUGGGACCGGUCGAUAUAUCAGAAAACUGGAAACCGAACCCCGCCGCCGCAGAGCAUGGGAGAGCUGCGCAUAUAUCGCGGGAACGAACCCAUUCCAGCAGCCCUGCUCGACAAGCCCAUUUCGGUCCUGUUCAAGAUAGUUUGACCGUUAAACACUCUCCGCCGCCUCGAUCCAGCUCGCCGCGGAAGUCAGCUAUGAAACUCACCAGUCCGCCCUGCAGCGCAUCACCCUCCGGCGACACAUCGGAAGCAUCUGGGAGCGCCAACCAGGAGCCCCCCGUAGCACGCAAGAAGUCUGUACGCGUCAGUUUCGAGGACAACGGUGACGGGGAGGCGGAAGAGUCGGCCCCUAUUAAGCGGAAUGCCUCCCCUUUGGCGACCAGCCCGCUGCACCCGAACCGUCACAGUUGGCUCCCCAGUCUCGGUCGCAGUCGGGAACCAUCGUCGUUCGACGAAGAUGCGGUGAUGAAACCGCGGCCGGCCCUGCCCAGUUUUGGCAGCGUGAGGGAUAGGAAGCCGCGGGAGGACAGUCCAACCGAACUGGAGCGACCGCUUGUUCGACCCAGGGGAGAGACGAAGCAUGCCUCGCCAUCUUCAUUGCUGCCUAGCCCUCCAUUGGGCUCAAGUAACGACCAUGCCGUUGGCGCAGUACUGUCGAACGAGAAUGACAAUUUGAAGGAAAUGACUACGGGUUCGGAAGACGCCCCAAAACAGAGGGAGCCAUUGCCUCCAAUUGUCACCACCGUGGAUGGCUCCGGCUACUUCAGUGACGGUUCCGAUAGCAGCUCUAUGCUCAGUUCCGAGUACGAGCCGCCCCAGCCUCCAUCGCCGGUAGCAGUUACGGAGCCACGCCCAGAGCCAGUCGCAGAGCCGCAAACGUUGCAGCCCAGGGAGCCCGCCAAUGGCUCGGUUACAAAUCCGCCCACCGAGCCUGUCCCUUCCCAAGUCCCUGUUGAACAAGACACACCUUCGGAGCCGCAGAUUCCAGCGAUAUCCGUCUCACAGCCGACGCCUCCUUUUGCGGGGAACAUGGCGUCUGGGCAGUACUUUACGGAUGUCCCUGGUGCAUUUCCAGACGACGAGUCGGAUCGGUCUACUGCGUCGGAGGCCAAAAGACUGAAACAGGUGGAGACAGCUGUUAAACCAGUUGAGGAUACUGAAGUCACUCCGGGCGAUGACCUUGCUCACCAGCCAGCUGCUCAGACCAUCGAACCCACUGCCGCAGAAAGCUCGAGCAACUCCGAUAGCGAUGUCUACAGCGAUGCCUACGAAGACCUUUCCGAGUUCGAAGGUGAUGGUUUCCAGUCACUCAACGCCGUUGUGGAAAGCCCGGUACAACAAAGUCCCCGUCCAGUUACCCAAGCCGAACCGCCUUCUAGAGAAGUUCCGAUCCAGACAACCAGUGAAGAAACGCCGGCACUCCAAACAGAGAUAUCUUCCGCCACAACCGCCGUCGAACCACAACCAGUGGAGGUCACGCGGGACGAUUGGGAGCAAGCAAAGGCUUAUUGGAGGAGCCUCACAGCGGAGAAGCGAGCUCAACUCGAGAAAGAGACCAGGGAGGAGGCGGGCACCGAAGGCGAUAAGGACGAGGCACAGCCCGAGGCGAAACCCAAGAAGAAGAAGACCAUCGAGCGGAGGAACUCGGAACGGAAAGCGCUGGCAGUUCAGAUGGCGCAGCAGACGGCGACAGAUCAGGGACAGGAGAAAGCAACGCAUCCGGAACGCAGCUAUAUGAUCAAGCCCGGAGAGCGUUGGACUGGCGAAGAGGAGUUGGAAAUCCCGCCCAUGCGCAAGACCAUGCGUAGCGAACCGCAGCAAGUUCCAGCCGCGCCCAUCGCGGGGUCUCGAUUAAGGAAGUCGAUGCGGGCAAACGGUUCAGGCCCGAGCAACGCCCAUGUUCCCCGGACAGGGGGAAACCAAUUAACUUCCAAGCGCCCGGAGCCAUCUCCAGUAGCCGUUACUCCUACCAAGACUGGGCACCGAAGGUCGGCAACGCAGGUGGAGGAGCGUGCUCAACCUCCCCUAAGGAGGCGCGGUUCAACGGGCAGCGAGAGCAGCUUCAAGCGGGCCCGGUCUACUAAAGGCCAAGGCUCCGGUUUCCGCCACUCUAUGAGAGCGGCCUCCCCCCCAACCAGGCCAGAAGAGAAUCAUUCCUCUAAGAGGUUCUCCCUGAGAACACUUUCUCCAGCCAGUUCAGUCUCGCCCUUGCAUUCCCAGAUGCGCACCACACUGCGCGACUCGUCCGGCGGCAAAAAGACCCCCACUGGGAUCCGAAUGCCGAGCUUCAGCCUCUCGUAUGGCGGGGGGAAGAAGAGCGGCUCAAAGGCGUCAUCAAACAAGGCGUCUGGCUCUCGGUUCUCAAGCCGGCUCGCUGACUCGAGCGACGAAGAAGCGGGCAAAGGCGUCGAGUCGGGCUUCCAGAGCCGGUUCGAAGACUCGAGCGAUGACGAACCCAUCAUGCCGAUCCGGAAAUCCGCCUCGGCCCCGUCCGCAGCUACCGGCGAGCCGGGCCACCACCUGACGAAGAAGAGCUCGAUCGCGAGCACGGCCCUCCCCGAGGAGCUCGAAGAGAGCGAAACCUCCCAAGACCGCCGCCACAACGAACCGACACCACAACCACAACCCCAACCCAACCCCUCCCCCCUCAACACAACCAUCCGCCGCAGCCGCUCAGGGAGAGGCCAACUCGCCCCCUCGCAAACCGCACCCUCCCUCUCCGCCACCACCACCGACAACUUCCCCACCACCACCAACGAACGCCGCGCCUCAAAGCGCCACAGCAUCCUCUCCGUCCUGCGCCACCGCAAAAAAGACCGCAGCAGCAACACCAUCGGCGGCGGCAGCGCCCCCGGCAAGAUCGGCCGCGCCGAAGUCACCGAGAGCGCCGCGCGCCGCGACACCCGCCUCGAGCGCUCCGCCGGCCAGCUCGCGCGCCUCCGCACUCGCGGCGAGACCGAAAAGGAAGGCGAAGGCGAGGAUGACGACGAUGAGAUGCCUGAGAUGCCGUCGCCGUCCCCGCGCAGUCCACGGCUCCAAAAGCGCAACAGCAACAACCACAGGCCUGCCGCCUCACCAUCGGCAUCCGCCCCAGCGGUCGUGAUGAGCGCGGGUGGUGGUGGUGGUGGUGGUGGCGCUACCCCCCACCGCUUUCCCUUUCCCCUCGGCCCCAGUGCCCCCUCCUCCUACCACGUGGCCGAGGAGGAUGGUGACGGCGGGUUCGAUCCGGCGGCGGCGCUCAUGCGGCGCUCGACGACGGCGUCGGGGAACCUGGGCACGCGCACGCUCGGGCGCAGGAGCAGUAGCGGCGGCGGUGGCGGUGGUGGUGGUGGCGGGGGUGGGUUCCUGCACCGGCGGAUGUCGGCUGUGAGUGGCCUGCCCUCUGGCGGUGGCGUAGGUGGUGGUGGUGGUGGGGAUGUGGGCAGCGUGGAUGGGUCUGUGGCGGGGAGUCUGGCGGGCGCGUCGUCGACUACGAGGCGGAAGAGGUUUGGGGUGCUGAGGAAGAUGUUGGGGCUGAAUGAAUGAGUGCGUGGCUACUUGGUAUGGGGUAGCUCAGUAAUGGAUGGGGGAUGGAUGAGGAUGGGAGGGGAGGGAGUAUGGGGGAAUGGAAUACAACAUAAGGGUGGGUGGUUGGUUGGUUUGGGGGCACGAAAUGGAGCAAUCGUUUUAUUUAUUUGUCAACUUUUUAGAGCGCGCGUAUAUACCCAAUGCUGGAGGGCACACUUGGAUUUCAUUUGUUGCUGGCGGAGAGCGUCGUCUUGUAUACUUAGAGUGGAUGACUGCGGGCUAAGCUGGUGGGACUUGGUGUCAAUAACAUGGAUGAAUGUAGCUCAUCUUAAUGCAAAUUCUCAAGCAUUCGGACUUGACUGAU